UUCUGGUGCAGCGGGUGCAGCUCCUGUGCUGCCGCUAGCUGUCGGCUACCGACGUGUGACUCGAACCGUGGUCAGAAUCGCUUGUGCUCGAAAUGACGUCCGAAAAUUCUCGUGCGUGCGAAGCAUGAAGUGCAGCCGUUCCGCGUGGCUUGGGGUGAGAUUUGUUUGUCGGACACUUGUGUUCUGUGCGGCCUGUGUGCAGCGAAUGAAAAUGGUGACAGCGGAUCUUUGGAAUGAGGAGCGUCCACGUUGAUUGUGGUUUGACGAGUGGCUGAAGAUGAUGUGAGGAGCAUGAGUGGCCUCAGAGGAAGAAGGUCUCAGGACAGUGAAUGAAGACGCGGAGAUGCUGCGAUGGAUGGAAGUUCAGGCUAGAUCGAGAUAGACUUGGGACAUCUUUUUCCAGUCUGUAUACAAUAAGCUGCCAAGGCCAGUGUAGAGAAGUGGGCGUAGGAAGCGUCAUCCAGGUUCUCAAAUGGAGGUGACCGGAGCCAGCAGCGAAAUGACUGAGCAGAGGCAGUGCUACCUUUCAAGUUUACGCAGGUUAGCAGCCGAGUUGGCCGAGCAUUGCCCGGCCAAGUUGGGGAGGACGUGCCACAUUGUAAAGAACCUUCCUCUCACGAAUGCGCUGCUGAACAAAUUGAACGUCGAAGUGGAAGAGUUCACGCCUGGCAAGCUCUCUCUCUGCCAGGCACAGCCCAUUGGCAGCAGGAUAAAAGAUUCCGAAGAUAUAUAUGUGGAAGAAAGUAUAGCCUUCCUCUAUACCUUGCUUCUGAAGCACGGCUGCAUAGACUCUGUUGAGUUCAAGCCUCACUUGAGGCAGGAGCCGGUGCAGCUCAUCACCAAUGCCCUGUUUGAAAACAAAUCCCUGACCUGCCUGCGGGUGCACCAUGCGUACCUUAGCGAACAGGCCACGUUGUCCCUGUUUGCCGCCGUGCGCCAGUUGCUGAGCCAGCAGCUGCGUGAGCUGUCCCUGGAGAAACUCAAUAUUUCGUGCUUGCCGCAGACACUAGAGGGCUUCAGAGAAGCACUUGCCAGGACGAAGAGCCUCGAGAGAUUGACACUCCUGAACAUCCGUGAACGUGCCCACGCAUGGAUGAAUGCCUUGAACGUGGGUCUGACUGGUCUGCUGGCUAACAGCAGCGUCACCAGCCUGAAAAUGGACACUAGCUACCAGUACUACCACGACGGGUCUAAAGUACUGAAUGACUUUCUCGCCAACACGGUUACCCUUGCCGAGCUGCACGUCUACUGCAGUUCUGACUGCAGUUCCGAUCGCUCCCUGGACUUGGUCUUCGAGGCACUGGCGACAAACCGAACCGUGAAAAGGCUCACCCUCCGCAAAUUCUCCGUGAAGGACAUGAAGCCGUUCAGGCAGCUCUUAGAUGUCAACAAAAUCCUAGAAGAUGUGAGCUUCUAUGCCUCUCCCCACGCCGGGAUAGAGAAGACACCUGCCAGUUGUCAGGUGCCCGAGCAGCACGUGCAGACCAUAGUUGAGGCACUGAAGAGGAGAACAAGCCUGCGCCGCUUGGCCCUUGACUGGAAUUGCACACCCAGCACAGUUUAUCGUCUUCUGGUGGCGUCUUCUGGUUCCCCCUCGCUCAGAGAGCUGCACCUGGGCGAGGUUAUUGUCGACUACAUCGACUCUUUGCGUUGGGCAUUCAUCAACGUGCGGACGGAUGUCGCUGUGACCGCAGCGAGAUGUAUUUCUACCAACGGCACCUUGAAUGAGCUGAUUCCUUUCUGGACGUCACAAGACAAAGAGAGCUGUGUACACUGUCUGUACAGCGUGAACCUGAAAGACGUGAGCCGUGCGCUUUCUUCACACCGCGGGGACUAUCUGACUUCUCUUAGUGUUGUGCUCGGCAAGCAUUCCACCUUGACCACAGUCCACGCGCUCGCACUCUACCUGGCCUCUACACAUAAGCUACAGGAGCUCCAACUGCGGCUUGAAAGUGUACCGCAGAAUUUACAGCAAGUGCUCUUCGCAGGCUUCCAGAGGAACGUCAGCCUUGAACGUCUGUGCAUUUUCGGGACUGAGAACCUUUGCAUCCCUGAGAACAUGCAGCAAGUGCUGUUCUCCUGGAUGGCAGAUAGCAAGCGGCUCUACAGCAUCAACGUGAAGAUGCACUGUUACGACACUAAGCAUAUGCUGGAGGUGCUUGCCUCGUCUCAACACCGAAAUCAUGUCCUCACGUCUCUGGCCUUUAGUAAAACUUGGGCCGACCAGUCGGUCCUCGAGACCAACCUCAAAAUGGUCCGCCGCAAUCGCAAGCUGCUGCGGUUUGCCGCCGCAUUCGUUCACGGGUCAAUGGACAAGCGUGCAGCGCACGCCUACAGUGUCGCUGCCCUGCACCCUCAGCUCUCAGAGGUCGUGCAGCGCAUUGGUUGCUGUGGUCGGGAUGUCGCCAGAUUGUUGAUAUCGGAAGCUACAUUGCGACUCCAAGUAAAUUUUUGGCAGCUCACAGGGAUAGUUAAGAACAAAAUCACGUGCCUGACCCCACCAACACCGCGGCAAGUCCAGUUUGAUGACUUCAAACCUGAAUUUGGAAUCCUGAAUCGCAUCGCCUCGUUCCUGAAAGUGGGCGAUGUCCUGGACGAUGACGAGUUGCAAGACUGUGCGUCGGAAUAUCCCUACCUCGAGGAUGCGGACACUGGUGCCUGUGGACGUGCCGUUCGCAGGAAAAGACUUGUCUUGUGAUGGGCAUCUUACGCACUGCACUGAAGGACAUCGCUAUGAAUUGUGGCUCCUCUCAAAAAGUACUGUGAGAGUUCAAGCGACAUAGUGGCGCUGGAAGCUGUCGUUGUCACAUGUUUUCCUUUUAUUUUUUGUCGCUUUCUUAGUUUGUACUUUUGAAAAUGAAGAAGGAGUUCUUUUAUAGUUUGCAGUCUCGUGACUGCCGUAAUCGUGGGGCUAAAAGUGACCUGAUGAAAUGAGAUUGCUCUCUUCUGCUACUCCACUUUAGUGGUUGCGGAAGAGUGAGCGAAGCGUGCACGUACACACUGCUGAGGAAGGCAGUUGCCAUCUUGAUGAAGACAAGUUCACAUGUUGAAAAGUUGGCUCCAGUGAUACCCUCUGUUCUUGGAUUUCCCGUCUAUUCAAGCCCUUAUCUUGCACUGAACUCCGGUCUUUUUUAAAAGUAACCUGACGGUUUUAUCGAUCCACUUUUAAUAUUGUAAAUAUGCUGCCCAUGGUUCACGUCUCGAAACAAAAAAUAACAAACAGCAUACAAUGUCGCACUUUUUAAGCGUUUUUGAAUGCGGGUGAUUACCAUGCCUCACCUUUAUUAUCUGAAUGUCUCGUUUAAAUCCCAUUUGCACUGAAACUGCAUGUGCUGAGGUGCUGAACAAUACUGAGCGUAAAGAAGUAACUUAUGAAUGUAAUUUUACAUAGGUAUGUCGUGCAUUUCCAGCUCUGAAAGUGAAAUCAUUCUUUUAAAUGAAAGAACAAAAACAGAAGAUCAGGUACGAUUAAUGCCCUAGUGGUAAUGGCAUGUUCCACCUACCUGUUCCUACCAGCUCUUUAUAUCUCUACUCUCAAGUUGUUAUUUUCCGCAUUUCCGUUUUAAGUGCUGCAAAUGCAUGAAGUGGCGACAUUACAAACAACCCAGCUGUCUGCCAUUAAGCACGUUAUAUAUGCCUGCGAGUGUUGAAAAUGCCUCACACAUGCUGUUUUUCUGCUUUGUUAUUUAUUCCUUCGAAUUUGGAAGUGGUGCAGUAAAACCUAUGUACAUUGAUCAUACUUAUUAUCUCUCAGCAAAAGCACGUACUGUGUAUAGUUUUCAAAGGUAACUGCAAACCCAGUAAGACUGCACUUCAUGUUUGGGGCGAUGUAAAUAAAUUA